CAGGUGCUUGCUGUGUGUGUUUUGUUUUGGUGUGUUUGUUUUCGUUACGUUGUUGUUGCAAAUUUUAACUAGGUUUGAUUGAAGAAAUAGGUCUACAACAAAUAAAGGGAACGACUAUAUAUGUAUAUUGAUUUUAAUUCAAAAUUUAAUGAUGGUGAACUGUGCUGUGGCGAGCUGUAAAAACACGUCGGCCAAAAUAAGUAAAGACAGAGAUGGGAUUACUUUUCAUCGAUUUCCCCGAGACACGGAAAGACGCCGCCAGUGGGAGGUGGCGGUGAACAGGGAACAGGAGUGGGCCGCCACCUCUUCCAGCACGGUCUGCUCCGAGCACUUCUUGGCCACAGACUUCUAUCUCACUGACAAUGGUUUGCGAAGGCUCAUUAUCAAUGCUGUACCUGCCAUCAAUAUUUCUGUGUGUCAGGUGCCAGAGCCGACAAUAUCGAAGCUGCCACCAAUAGACAUCAACCCAGCUGACACAGAGGAAGUCAUCCAACUGAAGCACAAAGUGCGGAGGCUGGAGAUCAUUGCGGAGGAUAGGAAGCGGCGGCUGAACCUCAUGUGGCAGCGGAAAAAGAGGCUGCGGAAGAAACUGCACCGGAUGAAGUGCUUGCUCAAACAUUUGGUUGAAGUCAAAAAGGCUAAAGAAGUUGAAAGUUGAUUUUAGUGUAUUUGAUAACAUUCUUUUGGUUCAGAGAAAUAAUGCUUCACUAUAUAAAAGAUUUUCUUAGAUAGUGUUAUAGUUUUACAUAAUAUAAAUUGUAUUUACAACAAGAAUUUGGUGGCCACAGUAAUCUUUCUAGUAAAUAGUGACAAACAACAAUUUUGUGUAUCAUAAUUUUCCUGUUGUAUUUAUCAUUUAUCUUUUUAGUCUUUAGUCGCCUAACUCUGUAAGAUAUUAAGUUGUUAAAGUGUUUUACUUUAAGUGUUUACUUUAACGUUUUAUGAAUGGGAAAGUUUAUUUUGAAUUGAAAUUAUUUUAGCAUAUUUAUUGAUUUAGACAGUACAUGUGUACAGUAGGAGUAGCGUGUUGUUAAACACUUUAAUAAUUAAGCUAAAUGAAGCAUUUAUUAGAAAAUAUUUUUAUUUAAUAUGUUAAUUUUCCGAGUUUAAUUUUUCGAUUGUUUCGGAUCGUUUUUCAAUGUUUGGGCCUAGUGGUGACCUUGAAGAUCAAUUAUUUAACAAGUUACAUGACGACCUCGGUGGCGCAGUGGUAAGGUUCUAGCGACUGAACCGAGAGGUCCCGGGUUCGAUCCCCGGUCGGGUCAUGAUGGAAAAUGAUCUUUUUCUGAUUGGCCCGGGUCUUGGAUGUUUAUCUAUAUAUGUAUUUGUUAUAAAAUAUAGUAUCGUUGAGUUAGUAUCCCAUAACACAAGUGUCGAACUUACUUUGGGGCUAGCUCAAUCUGUGUGAUUUGUCCUAAUAUAUUUAUUUAUUUAUUUAUUUAUUUAUACAAAGAUGAUAAAAACGCUGCUAUUGUGUGAAUGAUUUGUGUUUCAAAUAUAAUGCAUGGAAUGUAAUUUUUUGUUUAGCAGUUGUUGCAUAAAAGUCAAAGACAAAGCAUUUAUUCAGAAAUUAGACCCUUACAUUUUAUAUUAGAUAGUAAUUUCUCAAGCUACAAACGACUGAUAUUUCGAAACGAUCACAGCUAGAAGAAAUGCUGACUAACUUUUGUGAUGUCACUUGUGCCCACUGUCGUACAAGACCCAUUUAUAAUGUUCUAUUUUGGCAGUAAACAAACUAUUUCUGAGAACA